CGCCUUCUGGAGCUGGCAGUGAAUUCCCAAUGAGCAUGAUUGACGUUAGAGUGCUGACGAAGGCGGGUUUGGACUAGAACAGGGACAACAGGCAUAUACACGGAUUAUUCCAAAAUCGCUUUGCAAUUACCUGCUAUGAGAAUAUGAAAAUGAAUUGAAACAAUGUUUGAGUCGACGAAGAGGAUGAAGUCCCGAGCCCCUCCUCCGCCCCCGGCCCCCGAGCCCGCCCCCAGGAGAAUCUUCCGUAACGCCGUGCCUGAUGGGGGAGGCUCAGCGCAGGGCAGUAUGGGCAGCAUGGUGAUGGACACCAAGGAGAACAUGAUGAGGACCAGCGUAGACCUCCAUAUCACUCUGCCUCAAGGCUACCAGACCAGCAGCACAGUGGACGGCAGCAAAGCGCUCAUGGACCUGUUGGUGGAUCUGUGCAGCCGGUACCACCUGAACCCAGCCUAUCACACCCUGGAGCUGCUGUCCAGCGAGGGCCUGUCCCUCGCCUUCAAACCCAACAGCCUGCUGGGGUCCCUGGACGUUGUUGCCAUAAGCAUCAGGGAGAAAGUGUUGCAGGACAAAGUGGUGCGGAAACCUCCGCCUAAAGUGCCAGAGAAAACGGUGCGUCUGGUGGUGAACUACCACAGGAGCCAGAAGGCGGUGGUGAGGGUGAGUCCCCUGGUGCCCCUGGAGAGCCUGGUCCCAGCCAUCUGUGAGAAGUGUGAGUUUGACCCGUCCCAUGUUCUGCUACUGAAGGACAAUGUCAGCAACCAUGAGCUGGAGCUGGACAAGUGUCUGAGUGAGCUAGGCAUCAGAGAGCUGUACGUACUGGACCAGACUCUUGUUCGUCAACCUAAAAUGGCUUCUGCACCUGCUCUAAAUUACUCAGAAUACUUCCGUUCCAACACCUCAAGUGUCGGUGGGGCCGAGAAGAAAGGCCUGCUCGGAUUCUUAAAGUUCAACAGAAGGAAAUCAAAGACUGAAGAACAGUCACCUACUAUGGACAUGGAUGGUCUUGAUAAUAAUAUUACUCAAAAUACUGAAAAACACUACAAUGGCCUGUCCACAGUGUCCAUCGUGCCCUGUGUGGAGGCGCGGCCCAGCACCCUGGGCCAGUCCCAGUCCGUCAUGAACAUCUCCAGGAUGUCCCCCAGGAUAGAGCUUAAGAAGAGGAGGGCCCCCCCGGCCCCCACACCCUGCCAGGGCUGCUACACACUGGAGGCCUACCAGGGGGCUCCUGACUCAGAGAGUACACUGAGGAAGAGGAAGGCCCCGGCACCCCCUCCUACCCCUGCUACCUCUGUCACCCCAGCUCCUAGCACCCCAGCACCUCUCACCUCUGUCCAGAUGGCCCCCUCUCCCUCCCCAGCCCCCAGCUCGCCUACCCCCAGCUUGCCUGCGGAGGAGGACUCUGGCUCUGAGCUGAGCAAUGGGUCUGUCUACAGCAGUAGCAGUAGUGGGGUCGCCGCCGGCACCUCUGUCGCUGACACCUCAAUGGCCGACUCUGAUUCCGCCUCUAGCAGGGCUGAUGUGUCCAAGCCCGGCCCUGAUUCCACCCCCAUCAACAUUGCUGCCAUGGCUGACUCCUCCCAAGACUCCGUCCCCAGGAAGGUUGACACCGGCCCCAGGAGCAGCACUGACAAGGCCAAGCCCACCCCCGACUCGUCCCGCAGCAACACACCGGAGGAGACCAGAGGAGAGUCUGCUCUUGGCCUGAAACUAGACGAGAAAGAGAACAACAGACACAGUGCCAUGGGUGCUGAGCGUCCAGUGCCACUUAAACCUCUGCGAACCCCAGUACGGGAGCUCCCCCAGUUAGUCAUCCCCUCACCCCUGCCGUACCCUCCCCCUCCCUCAGACCCAGACUCCCCCGAUGCCUCACCAGAGAACCACAUGGAGGAGGCCCCUCAGUCUUGGCUGCACUCUCGGCAGCUCUCUGUGGCAGGACCCCAGACCCCAGACACAGAGGAAGAGGAGACUUUAUCUAUGGGCAGCAGUGGCAGCUUCCAGGAUCAGGGCUAUGCAGCCUCCGAGGGCAUGGCUGAGGACUCUGGCCUGGUCAGCUCCCCCUCGGCCUCCGACACCACUCACCCUACCUCCCCUGACAGGAGCCUCUCCCUGGACUCUUCUGGCUCCUCUCACCCCAUGAUCCAUCCCCUCACCAAGGACUGUUCUAGUGAUAGUGACGAGGGCUGUGCCACGUGGGGCUCCAGACACAGACACAGCAGUGAUAUCAGCCACAACGACAAAGCAGGCAAAACAAAGGACAUCUAUGACGAGGGCUCAGAGCUCACCGCUCAGCUCAACCAGACUCUGGCUGAUCUGGAUGCUGAUCUAGCAAAUGCGGUUUCAGUGCAAGAGCACCCCUACGUGAUGUCCACUGAGAGCAAUGAUAUCCCAGUGUCUGUGGUGGAUAUGGAGGUCCCAGUCACAGCCAUAGAUGAAGUCCUGGAGGACUACGAGACACAGAGCAUGACGCAUCACCAAGCCACACUAAUGAGUAGCUCUCAAACAACAGACAAUAAAGACCUGAACCACAGUCAUCAUCAUUCAAGUGUUGGUGGCAUACAGAACAUAAACAACAACGCCUGUACGUCAAACGGCUCCAGCAAAGUCAGCUCUGCUCAACCACAGCCCGCGCAGCGCCUCAAAUCACCAGGGAAGAAGCUUGGCAAUGGCACCACGGGGAAAGACCAUACAGCAGUGGUCUCUAAGACUAAAGUAGAAGUUCAAAGAUGGGAGUCCACUGAGGGAGCUGAGAGGAAAGCCUCACCUGUCAACAGCUCUCUCGCUGUCCCGGAGAGCCAUUCCAAGUCCCCUGAGGAAGAGGUUCCUACCUAUAGAGGUCACACUGCCUCACAGUCACAAAUUAAUAUCACCUGUAGCCCAGUCUCUCGAUUCGGUAUGAAGACAUUCACCAUCGUUCCUCCCAAGCCAUUAGUUGCAACCCAGCCUCAGAAGCCAGCAGAGGCCACGGCCACUCUGACAGCAGGUGCCAUUAGAAUUGACGAUCAGGGUAACAUGGUCAAAGUAGCCAUUGCCCGAAACAAGUUUGGCAGUUCCUCUGAGUCUGGAAUCAACAAAGAUGACUCCGUCUCACCACUCCUGGGGAAAGCCAAAGCCUUCUGGACCUCCACGGAGAAGCAGGACACUUCUGCACCUUCGGUCCCCACUAGUAGAGGGCCUGUCCCUUUCACAAAGUCCCAAAGCCCAGAGCCUGAGGUCCCUAAAACCACCCCACGGGUCGUAGCCUCUGACCCACCUGCAGCCAAGGCAACACCUAAGGCCUCUGAACCUGUAGCCAAGAUGACACCUAAGGAAACAUGCAAAGAUGUUGAGGUAACAAAGGACAUCUCACAGGAAGCAGAGGGCAAGGCCCCAGUUCCAGUUUCAGAGAUGCCUGUGCAGCAGCAGCAGCCUAUGAAAUUCAACAAUGGUAUUCUCCAAGAUCAGAAAAGAAACCUUUCUUUCCUCAAGCCGUCCAGGAGAACAUCCAGUCAGUACGUAGCUUCUGCCAUUGCUAAAUACGCUGUGAAGCCCACCAUGGCCAAAGCUGACAACAUCCAAGAAGUAACAGCAGAGUUGUCUGUCCCCGUGAGAAAGCCACCUGGCAGUUACGGCUAUCAGAAAGAGGGUCGAUCCUUUCAUGUAAAUCCACAGCGGUCCUCUGGUACAUCUACUACAGUGAAGAAGGAGAGCAGCUCUGGGUCUGGAUCCUAUCACGCCGGUGCUAAAUGUUACCCUGACUACCUCUCAGCAGAGAAACAGGUAGUCUCUGGUGAGUCGACGCAAGGAGUGGACCGGAGUGGUUAUAGGAGCAGUUCUACCCUGCGACGUGGAGGAGGGAGCUCCAAGUCACUGGACUCUGAUACAGUGGCCAAUAACAAUAAGCAGCAUGGGUCCAACAGUCCCAGUCCCAGACAGCAGACACCGAUUACACCCCCACCACCAGCACCACAAUCCGCCACUAAACAGGUACCUGCCAUCUCCAAGCCCUCGCAGGGUCCACCAACUGCACAGAGCAGAUCAGAGACAGUAGGUCCAAAAGGUAAUCCAGCCCUGGCAAAGAAGCCUGAACCACCGCGAUUGGCUGCAGCUGCUGCCAGCAACGACCUCCCAGAGCCCCAGCAGGUCAGUCUGUUUGGGCCGGUGAAGAAGUUCAAGCCUGUGAUCAUGAAGUCGGUCCAGAUGGACACGUCGCUACACACCACUCUGAUGUCAGCCAUCCAGUGUGGGGAUGGGAAGGAGAGGCUCAGAAAGAUAUCGGACUCAAGUGCAAGCAGCACUUUGAAGAAAUCGUCCUUCGUUGAGGAAGAGAAUGAGCGAUGUGCGCUACUGGCAGCCAUUAGAGGCCAAAGUAACUCUGCAGGACUAAGGAAGACCAUAUCCCAGGCUGCAGAGGAGCUUGACAAGUUCAGGAAGACUGAGGAGGAGAACAGAGCUCUGUGUGAUGCCUUCCCUGCCAUGCCUCCCCUUCCUCCAUUUGUGCCUCCGCCACCUCCACCCCCCUCUAUGCUCCCUCCUCCUCCUGCCCAUCCCUCCACUCAGCCCAAGCCCACUAUGAUGGGGGAGCCCCCGGGGGCUGGGGGGAAUCCCGCUCUGGCCCGGGAUGCAAUGCUGGAGGCCAUCCGAUCUGGCUCUGCAGCUGAGCGCCUGAAGAAGGUCAAUGCCCCCACAAAAACAGUCCAAGUGAACGGUAGACUUGGUACUAUACAAGCAGCAUCAUCGCUCUCACAAGGACAAUAAAGAAUCUUCCAGAAUGAUUCCAGAACAUCUUGCAGACUGAUUAGAAUCGUCAUAGGCAGCCAAAUAAUAUAUGUUAUCUUUCACCUUAUUUAUCAUUGUCCUUAUGUAUAUGUAUCCAGUUAUUUGUACUUUAAUAGUUGCAAUAAUUGUAAAGAUUAAUCAAUGUACAAAAGCAUGUGCCAAUAAUUUUUGUUGCUUUGGAAUAUUUAUUAGCUGCUCUUGCUGAUGAUAAUAAUCUUAGGAAAUAAUUUUUGUUCUUUUAUUUUUUACAACUUUUUAAUACUUGUCCACAUGGAAUUGAUGCCUCAUGCUGUCUUACUGUCAGUGUUAUAUUUGAUUAUUACAUAUUAUAUAUUCCAUGUCGUAGGAUGCAGUGGAUCAGACUCCUUGAUAUAUUGCAAUGAGUAACACCGGCCAAGGAUGACAAAAUUUGGCUCCAAGGGACUCUCCUCUCCAGGUGGUGGGUGAUUAGGUAUGUAUCCUAAAUAGUACACUACUUUUGACCAAAGCCCUAUGGGCCCUGGACAAAAGUAGUGCACUAUAUAAGGAAUAGGGUACCAUUUCGAACGCAUUCUAGUUUAUUUUGCAAAGCUCUGGGUAUUUAGAUUUCGUCUAUGUUGUUGUUCAACCGUUACAUGUUUUUAUUCUUUGAUUUAUAAUGCCUCUUAAUAUAUUUAUUUUAAUCUUCAGAGAAAAGAUUACUAACAUAUCCUUUCUUGACAUUACAAAAUCAUUUUUGAAGCAUUUCUGUUUGUGUAACUAUUGGUGAAUAAUAUCACCAUGACUUAGUAAAAUAGUUUACUAAUCAAUAUAUAUAUAUGAGUAACGAACAAGAGGUAUGGGCUUUUACUCCAUUUUCAGGAAAAAAGUCUAUUUGCUAUGAUUUUAUUGUUUAUUUAAUCACAAAGUGUUCUAUGUUGUUUGCAUGGGGCUCCAAUGCACAGCUUUUUUUUGUUGUAUUCAACAGUAGAUCUGAUGUGCAGUACUGUACAUGAGCUUGUCUCUCUAGGUGUUUUGUGGCAUUACUAUUGUAGUUGAAAGAAAGCAAAAGUGAAUAUUAUAAUAUUUUAUAAAUGAAGUACUAUCAAUAUUGAUCAGAACGACAAUGAUAGACUUAAAGGGCCACCCAGUGUAAAGCAUGAAAAUAGGGACCAUGAGAUUCUAGACUGGUCUGUCAAAAGAUCUAUUCAUAGGUUGUCCAGUUCCUUAAAAUUCAGUUUAGAUGUUUACUUAUGUUCUAGAUCAGGGGUAUUCAACUCUUACCCUACGAGGUCUGGAGACUGCUGGUUUUCUGUGUUACCUGAUAAUGAACUGCACUCACCUAGUGUCCCAGGUCUAAAUCAGUCACUGAUUAGAGAGGAACAAUGGGAAAAAAACAAAGGAACUGUCUUUGAGGUCCUGAGUUGAGUUUGAGGCUAGAAUGUUGUAUAUUUUGUAAACUACAGAUCAAUUAUUACAUGAAUAAACUGUUGUUAAAAUUGGAAAUUAAACAGAAUAAUAUGAAUCCAAUAAAAUUGAGUUUUAUAAGCUGUUGCUUUUUUGUGUUUUUGGAAGAAUUUCACAUUUUAUUUGAUCUGCAAUUUUUUCAUUUUUUUCAAUAAAUGAUUUUUGUAACCAUG